UGCUCUUUUAGUCCCUCACUCGUCCAACAAUAAAGACAGAGGCAGUAGUUGCUGCUAGUGUUGUGCUGUGUCUGAGUCAGUGGUGUGUCAGAGGAAGGGACGGACCUGCAGUCAUGGAUGAUGUAUAUAAAGCAGCGGUUGAGAACUUGACAGAAGAGCAGAAAAAUGAGUUCAAGGCAGCAUUUGACAUCUUCAUCCAGGAUGCAGAGGAUGGCUGCAUCAGCACUAAGGAGUUGGGGAAGGUGAUGAGGAUGCUGGGACAGAACCCCACCCCCGAGGAGUUACAGGAGAUGAUUGAUGAGGUGGAUGAGGAUGGCAGUGGCACAGUGGAUUUCGAUGAGUUCUUAGUUAUGAUGGUCCGCUGCAUGAAGGAGGAGAGCAAAGGGAAAUCAGAGGAGGAGUUGGCGGAACUGUUCCGUAUGUUUGACAAGAACGGAGAUGGCUACAUAGACUUAGAAGAGCUGAAGGCCAUGCUGGACUCCACUGGAGAGGCCAUCACAGAAGACGACAUUGAGGAGUUGAUGAAGGAUGGAGACAAAAACAAUGAUGGAAAAAUUGAUUAUGACGAGUUCCUUGAGUUCAUGAAAGGUGUUGAAUAAAGGAUUCAGCUGGAAGCAUCUUCAGUUUCCGCUGGCUGCAUCAUCAUCCUGUUGGCCAUUACUGGAGACAUGGCUCCACCUAUUGACUGCUUUAAUACAAAUGACACGCCUGUCCUCACACGACCCCUGAGAGGCCUUGAAAUGUUUGCCAAGGGAUCUCAUUGACUGCAAAUAACUCUAUUUCUGAUAGUGAUGAUAAAUCCAAAUGUCAUUUAUAAACACUCUUUUCAUUAAAAACAUUUUCAG